CUCGUUUAAACUAACAAAGGAACUGCGGAUCAGCUGUUGACCGACAGUUUGCCUGCAUAUCUUAUAUCCUAUUUCAUUAGUAGGGCUCACCGUAGUCCACCAUAGGUUGAAGUUAUGCUGGAGCAAAACGGUGAUAUUCUAUAUGGCCAGUUCAAUGGCGUUGCUGCAAUUAAAAACGACCUCAUUAUUGCUAGAUCAAGGAGUCUUUCAGUUCGUGAUGAGGAAAUGCUACGCCUUAUAGGCCAAUAUCUUUGUGACAAGGGAUUUAAUGGCACAUAUACACAGCUUUCCAGAGAGUCUGGGAUCACCUUGGAACACAAUGAUGCAACAGAGUUGCGUCAUGCUAUUUUGGAAGGUAGAUGGCUUGAUGCUGAAGCCGCAAUAGACAAGUUAGCACCCAUGAUAGGGGAUCUAAAUAGUGUUGAAGAAGUCCGAUUUUUGAUAUUAGAACAACAGUUUCUGGAAAAUUUGGAAGCCAAUGAAGUAAUGCCUGCCGUUACUCUUCUGCGUAAUCGUAUUACACCUAUGCAACGUAAUACAGAGCGAGUACAUACUUUGGCCAGUUGUUUGAUGUGUAGAACUGCUGUUGAACUCCAAGCACAAGCAGGUGGUUGGGCUGGAGUAGAUGCUGGGAGUCGUUUACAACUUAUCAAUCGAAUACAAGCCUUUAUACCAGCACAGACAAUGUUACCACCUGGGAGACUAGAAGAGUUGAUCAAUGAAUCUGUUCGUGCACAGUUGGCUUCAUGCAUAUUUCAUAAUCCUCCGAUGGGUGUCCAAACUGAUAUACAUAAUAUAUCAUUACUACAGCGUCAUUCGUGUGGCAUGCAAGAUUUCCCAGCAUUUUGUAUCCAAACUUUGGACCAUCAAAGAGAUUCUGAUCUAUGGUUUUGUCAGUUUUCUCCAGACGGUAGCUAUUUAGCAACUGGUGGCAAAGAUGCAAAUGUUGACGUUUGGCGUGUAGACUCUGUACGACACGCUGUCUCAUUUUUCCGAGUAUUAACUACACCUGCAUAUAUUGGCUGUCUGUGUUGGUCACCUGAUUCUAAAAAAUUGGCAGCCUGUUGUGGAGAAGAACAAAGUUCCGUUCUAGUAUUCGAUGUAUUCAGUGGUCAACAAUUAUGCAGCCAGAAGGUAAACGAUGAAGAUGUCUAUUCAACCGCCUCAUUUUUCUCUGAUAGUCGUAAACUAGCUUUUGGUGGUUUGAAAGGGAGCUUCUAUGUAAUGGAUACGGAAGAUCAGGGUCGUGUACUUGCCGUGGUUGAAGGUUAUCGUGUACAAAGUAUGGCGGCUAUAUUCCCACCGAUACCAAGUAUGCUUUUGCCUAAUGGCACAGAAUCUGUCCAAGUUAACCCCCCACCAGAUAGAUCUACUCCAGGUGCACCAGAUUCGCCAGCAAAUGGAUUACUUCAAAAUGGUUCGACAAACGAUGCAGUGAAUAAUCGUUCAGAAAAUCAAAUUGACCAAUUGUUAGUUGCAGAUAGCCUACAUAGAAUUCGAUUAUUUAGAUUUGGUUUAGUUUGUUCAAAUACGUCAUCUAAUAAUACAAAUACUACAGCGGAUACUGCUGACAUACCACUAAGUACAGUCACCACACCACAUGAAACUAGUACCACAUCUAUAUCGACUGUAACCAUUUCGACUCUGUCUGCUUCAUCUUUUGCUCAUGCACCUGGUGAGGAGAUUACAACCAGUACAACUAUCGCAACAACAACAACUACUACUAGCAGUAGUAGUAUCAGUACUACUACUGCAUCAGCAUUAGCUGCCUAUUUAUGUUCAAGUGGGAGUGCACCAGGUGCUCCAACUUCAGUUAAUAUUUCUACAUCAGCUAGCACUGGUACAACUAAUCCGGGUAAUGUUAGAAGUAGUGAUAAUAGUGAUAAUAACAAUAAUAGUGUAAUUGCCACAAGUACUACAGGAGAAAAUCCUGGUGUAGCGACAGCAUUAGCUGUUGCACGAUUAGCACAACAACAACAACAACGUUUAUUACAAUCGUCAAAUCCUAUGACAACAACAAAUCCGGCAUCAACAUUAACUGGUAAUUUAUCUUCAUGGUAUCAACAAUCUGGUGCAUAUCAAGGAUCAACAAGUCUAGCGUAUACAUCAAGCUCUUCUACAUUACCACCGGGUAUUUUAUUGGAUAUGCCUAUACUGCCUGUCAGUUUAACUCGUCUUGGACCACCCACAACUCAGGGUUUGCAAGCUCAAUUAGGUCUUCAGCCUAUAUUGCAUCCAGCUGGUUCUUUGCAUGGUUCAAAUCCAUACACAGUUGUAUCAUCAUCUGGUGCAAAUAGUCUAGGCACUACUGGUAGUAGUCUAACUAUUUUAUUCGGUGCUCCUUUGGAUAGAACUUCAGCUUCUUAUGCAACUACUCCAGUUGGUACUUCUAGUUCAGUAACAACCAAUCCGACAGGUGUACGAGCUUUAGCUGCUGCAGCUGCCGCGUUAGCCAGUGUAAACAGUCGUCAAGUUCAUUCUGUCUCCAGUGGUACAACAAUGUUAACAGUGUCUACAUCACCUGAUAAUAGUGGAGCAGCUACAGGUCGUUCAUCUGUUUCCGUAACAAAUAUUGGCUCCACCGUGAGUACAUCUACUUCUACUAUUGGUACUACUACUGGAUCUCCAAUUAAUCCGACUACAGUUUCAGCAUCUCUACCAGCGACUGGAUUUUCUACAUCAACAACCAGUACAACUACAAAUGCUCAUGCUAGUAGCCUGUCUACAAAUGGCAGUAAUUAUGGCUUAAUAGAUCAUAGAACUCUUUUUAAAGAAACUCAUCCUGUUCAAUCAAUUAUGAUUUCACGCUCAGGAACUAUGGCACUUCUUACUAUACAUAAAAUGGGAUUACAUUUAUGGGAUUUAGAAGCUUGUGCUAUUCUACAACGAUUUGUUGGACAUAAACAAGAUACUUUUCGUUUGUAUUCUACAUUUGGUGGAGCUAAUGAAGAUUUUGUAGCUACAGGAAGUGAAAGACACAAUGAAGAUACUGAAUUUUCGUGAAUGUAUUUAUUUGUAAGCUACUGGACAUUAUGGCUUAUUUUGAAGUCACAGAAAUCAUGAUUUAAUCAGUUGCAAAUGUUGUUUAUUCCAUAACCAACGCGUCUAAUUUUCUGUCAAUAAUAAAUGCUGAUAAAAUACUAUGGUUCUACUCUACUUUUUGAAAUGAGCUAUGUUGUUAAGUUUGUUUUACCUGACUGGAGUUUGUGCGAUUGUCGUAACAAAUGGCUGGAGACGUUAGAUAAUAUCACUCAGAAUUGGUUACAUUAGCGCAGAUGAAUUUACUCUUUGUCAUUCUUUGGGUUUUAAGAGGAUUCAUUUUUUCUUCUCGAAUCAUAUGAUAAUAAUAUAUUCUGAAAAUAAUAACUACAGAAUUCAUCCCAGUUUACAGGCAUCGUCUAUACCGAAUAUCUUCUAUUAUUCUGAUACUUGUUUUGGUAUUUUCAUCUCAAUAUUCUAAAGUGAUAUGGUAACUUAAACCGAUAUACAUUAGUGUCAGGUUCUAUGUUGCAUAUUACUGACUGAUUUUAUUGUUUAAUAUCAUUUGACUUUAAUUAAUAUUGAUAACAUAAAUGCAACAGUGAUGAUCAUUUCAGCUAGUCAAUCAGCUACAACAUAGGACCAGGCACAUAUAUGCAUCGGUCCAAGUUGCCACACCUUAUUAGCACCGAAUUAUUAACACCAAAUUCAUAGAAGUAGUUACUACAAUGGUAGUAAUAUAUAAAAGAAAGAUUGUAUAUAAGGAUAUAGUACAGAAAGAAAAAAUCACUUGGUAGAAAGAAAGAAUGAUGACCAUUUAUGUAUUCUGAUCAAUAUAAGAACUUAAAAUUAUUCGAUCAACACAACCCUCAACUGUAGAAUUUCACAUUUUCAAAGUGAAUUUGGAAAGACUGUUUUGUAAAUUAUGUGUAACAAUCUAAUUUCAUUGAAUUCAGUUUUUCCUUAUGGUCGAGUAAAAUGAAUCAUUCGUUUGUACUAUUCAUAAACUACAAAAUAGGUGUUGUUUUCGCUUACACAGAUAUUGAUCUUCGUUCAGGGUCAUCCAAUACAUGAAGUGUUUCCUUUCUGUUUUUAUGUUUGUCCACUCUUCCCUCCCUUAUUAUGAAACAUGUACAUUACAUUAUGUUAUUACUACUGCUACUAGUACUUAACAUUUUUCUGUUUCAUACUGUAUUCACAUGACUAUGAUUUGUCAACUGACACUAUAUGCUUACUGCAAAAUUAAUACAUACGUGCACAUACAGUUAGUAUUAUCUUUAAUUUAUAUGACCUUAUAAAUAUACAGAUAUAUACAUGUUUAACCCACAUGAAAUCCAUUAUUUUCUGUUUCAUGUUCUACGUAACUUUUUAUCAUUUAGCAUUUACUGACUCAACUAGAUUAUGUCAUUAAGAUCACAAACCAACCUAAGUUAGAUAAGCAUUAAGAACCCGGAUGCAUUGAGCAUCUGUUCAAUUCUAUUAUGUGGCUCCUCAAGCAGUGUGUGUUUACAACCCCACCGAAGAUCGAACCCAAAACCUUCAGGUCUUGUGGCGAGAGCAUAGGCUUUAAACCAAUUAUCUAGGGUUUACAUGUCUAACUUCAGUUAAUUCUGGCAUUGCAUGAUUAUCAGUAGGUACCUGCCGCAUUUUCCAUACGCUGAUCACAGCUUCUGACUAAAACUCCCGAAAUUUUUAUCUUGAAGGUAGUCAUUAGUGAGCGCGCAAUAUCGGGGAUCGAUUAAAGUUAGACAUCAACGCCAUCAGAUACCAGGUCAGUAGUCUAAUAGUUAGGCUCUCCCCAUGAGGCCUAAAGGUUCUGGGUUCGUUCCUCGGUAGGGUUGUGGAUGCUCAUACUAAACAGCUGUCCAUUGCUCCUGGGUUUUUGGUUCGUAAUUUCAAUAGUAUUCCGUAAAUCCCCCUACUGAUAACUUAUAUAUAUUCUUUGCUAAAACUACAUAUUUUUCACAGGGGGAGUCUCCUAGUUGAAUCGAACGUUUAAUGAUGAAAUUAAGUUUAGAUCCUGGUUCAAGUAUUGUUGGGUAGCAUGAAACUCUAACUUUUGUAAACUCACAUAUAGUGUAUAUGACAGAAGUUUAAAAUAUUUUUACUACUAUACUAUGAAAUAAGUGGGUUGUUUUUUCUGUCGAAGAAAAGACCACAUAAAGUACAUAAGUCACGUUUUGAAAAAAAAGGAACACUUGAAAAUAUUAUGCACUAACUAAACGUUAAAUGUUCGAUUUUUGUGUGGAUAUCCCUCAAAAUUAAAACUUCGAUAUCCUUCUUAUGUGAAGUUCAUUUACUGAAAUGAAUUAAACCAACUACAUUCACUGUUUAUCAUAUUCAUCAUAAAUCCGACGUAAAAAAAAUUGUAUAUAUCCAUAUCAAUGUUGAUCUGAAUUAAUUGAAUUUUGAACAAGAUAGAAAGCCUGUUAUCUUCAAAUAAAAUAAAUGCUGAACAGCCAAUCUGUACUUAAUAUAUGCAUCGCUACAAUGUGAUUUUGUUACCUGAACGCUUGUUGACUGUUCAGUUGCGAUGGUAUAGCUCACUACUUUCAACCACUAAUUUCUAAUUUGAUCACCAGAACCCCCUAAUUCAAGCAGUUGUUCUACCUUCGUUAAAUUAGUUGCAUACCUCAUCAUUUAGUACACUCUACGUGACUACCGCGUAGUUACAUUACCAAAUGUCUAUCUUAUUUAUGUGUAAUCCGAACUUACUCGGAAGUUUGUGCAUAACAUAUAAUUUGGGAAGUUAUUAAACUUUGGUCAAUAAUAAUGAACAUCAUAUUUGGUAAGUUUCUGAACUGUGUAUUACAUGUCCUAUUGUUAUUAAUAUUGCAAAUUACUUCUAUUUAUUUGAUCCCUUUAUCUCUUUGAACAUGUGCUUGCCUGUAUUAUUGCGUCUAAAUAAUUAUUUUUCUUAAAGAUGGUCGAAUACACAUUUGGCAUGUCGGUAGUGGUAGUCAUCCUAUACAUUCAUCGCCUGGUAUAGGAAACAGAGAUCCAAUCACAUGUGUUCAUUGGAAUCCUGUAUUGCCUACAAUGAUCGCUUCAGUGAAUGAUGCUGGUGAACUAUGUAUUUGGGGACCACAACGUUAUGCAUUAGGUAACGGGCAACCGAUGGAUUCGUCAACUUAAGUCUUCCACAUUUACAUACCUAUCAAACACAAAUCCAUACUUGAUUUUUUGGUCUUUUAACAUUUACUCUUCCCCUUUUUCAGUUAAUAUUUACCGUCCACGACUGUUUUGUUAUUGGAAAACAAGCUCCUCUGGAAUCAAGCGUCACUCAAUUAUUAUUCCUCCACAUAAGUAAACAGCUCCCAUGAUCUAUUGUUUUACAUAUAUCACUACUAUUAUUAGCAGUAUCACUAAUAAUAAUAAUGUUUACAUUGCCUAUUUUGAACUGUUUGUGGAAACUCUACGGAUGUGUGUGUUGUAAUAGCCAAACGUCAAUAUUCUACAUGAACUUAAAAACUGGAUGGUAUUCUGAAACGACCAAUUUUUCCUACUAUAAUAAUAUCUCAAACUUUGUGUCCGUGUCUAUCUGAUUGAAUUCCACUGUACAAGUGUGCUCAAACCCAGUUUUCUAGACGUAGUAAUUUCGGCUGUUUUAUUUAUUUUGUUGUUGUUGUCGAUUAUUACUAAUUUGUACUUUUUUUUAGAGUUAAAGCACUAAUUUGUUUCCUUUGGCGACACUUUCUCACUAUUCACCCUCUUCUCAAUAUAUGUACCUAUAUUUUUUUGUUCUACUUCUUAAUAAGCAAAGUUUUGUUGAAACAGAAAAAAGUUAAAAUUGCACUAGAUUUCUCUAAAACUUUAAUGUACACGAUGUUAUCUUGUUUGCAUGGAUCAGAAAGACAUGUUUUCACUAGUUCUAUAGUUUCAUUAUUUUCCCUUGUAAUACUCUACUUGUUCAGUAUUUAAGCCAAUUCCUUCUUUGAAUUAGACACAGAUAUUUUUCCAUAGGUAAGAAAUUUUUCUUUUAGGUUUGUUCUUAAUAUGUAAUUUCAGCGUAUUGGUGUUUAGGAUUGCAGGUGUAGUGAAACACUUGGAUUCUUUGUUAGUGCUACAAUGAAUUAAACAAUUCUUUUCCUGUUAGUAUGUGUUGUUCAUUUUUAUUCAAUCUCUUAACGGACACUAUUUCCUCCUUUCUUUAAGCUAAAAUUAUAACUUCUUUUUAGAAAAAAAAAUAUAUGAGAAAAAGUCAUUAGAAAUAGGUUAAAAGUCAUGCUUCAGUAAACUUUGUUAACUGAUAGGAGGACUUAUAUUUCAAAAGAGGAAAAGUUGUGGUACACACAUAAACAAUUAUUAUACCAUCCGAAUAUAUGACUAUUCGAUAAGACGAUAACUUUUUUGUAUUCUUCUUUUCUUGAGGAAAUAUUUGAUGUGAUUAUUUUGCCAAUAUAAUAUAUUCUAUAGUGAAUCAAUUAUUUAUUAGUAUCACUAAAACUAUUAUUAUCAUUCUAACUUUUAUUUAUAUCACACUAGUUUAUAUAAGGUGCAUAUUUUUUCCGUCUUGUGCAUUGAAAUAUAUAUAUACAUAUAACUAUCAGUUUCAUUUAUUUGUUGUUUUUCGUGGUUCCAAAUACUUUGUUUUCCGUAUUCUUUUAUUCUAAAUAACUUGGAUUAUACUAUAAUCACUACUGUGUUUUUUUUAAUAUUCUAUAUAUAAAUAUAUGCAAAUACAAAAUAUUGUUUA